CUCCCUGCGUGUGUCUAUAACUUUGUGCUGCUGCCGCGGCCGCCCAGCUCGUGGAAGGGAGGAGGAGGAAUGUGGAAGGCGGCGGCGCGCAGGCUGACAGGCGGUUCCUCGGGCGGGCUGCAGCGGCGGCCGAAGCGCCUCUCCUUCGCCGGGGUUGCGCACCCCCUCCUCGCCGUGCCCCGCGCCCGCGCGGGGUUCUCCGUCCUCCCGCCUCGUCCCUGAAGGGAAAGAACCGAGCGGCGCCCCGGAGCUGCAGCCUUCGCGGCGCCCCCGACCCUCCCCGCCGCACCCCGCCCCGGCGCGAGCGGCCGGCCGGCGGCGAAGAUGGCAGAGGGACCGGCCUCCCCCCCGGUCCCGCUGUCUCCCCUCGAAGUGGAGCUGGACCCCGAGUUCGAGCCUCAGAGCCGCCCGCGCUCCUGUACGUGGCCGCUGCAGAGGCCGGAGCUCCAGGCGAGUCCGGCCAAGCCCUCGGGGGAGACGGCCGCCGACUCCAUGAUCCCGGAGGAGGACGACGACGAAGACGACGAGGACAGUGGCGGCCGAGCCGGCUCGGCCAUGGCGAUCGGCGGCGGCGGGAGCAGCGCGUUGGGCUCCGGGCUGCUCCUGGAGGAUUCGGCCCGGCUGCUGGCUCCCGGAGGGCAGGACCUGGGCUCCGGGCCGGCUCCCGCGGCGGGCGCGCCGAGCGGGGGCCCGCAGACGCCUCUGCAGCCCCAGCAGCCCCUGCCACCGCCGCAGCCCGGGGCGGCCGGGGGCUCCGGGCAGGCGAGGAAAUGCUCCUCGCGGCGGAACGCCUGGGGGAAUCUGUCCUACGCCGACCUGAUCACCCGAGCCAUCGAGAGCUCCCCGGACAAACGGCUCACGCUGUCCCAGAUCUACGAGUGGAUGGUGCGCUGCGUGCCCUACUUCAAGGAUAAGGGCGACAGCAACAGCUCUGCUGGCUGGAAGAACUCUAUUCGGCACAACCUGUCACUGCACAGUCGAUUCAUGCGGGUCCAAAAUGAGGGGACUGGCAAGAGCUCUUGGUGGAUCAUCAACCCCGAUGGGGGAAAGAGUGGGAAGGCCCCCCGGCGCCGGGCCGUCUCCAUGGACAACAGCAACAAGUACACCAAGAGCCGGGGCCGCGCGGCCAAGAAGAAGGCAGCCCUGCAGACUGCCCAGGAGUCGGCCGACGACAGUCCUUCCCAGCUCGCCAAGUGGCCCGGCAGCCCCACCUCCCGCAGCAGCGAUGAGCUGGACGCGUGGACAGACUUCCGCUCACGCACCAAUUCCAACGCCAGCACCAUCAGCGGCCGCCUGUCGCCCAUCCUGGCGAGCACAGAGUUGGAUGAUGUCCAGGACGACGAUGCACCCCUCUCCCCCAUGCUCUACAGCAGCUCAGCCAGCCUGUCCCCCUCGGUGAGCAAGCCGUGCACCAUGGAGCUGCCGCGGCUCACCGACAUGGCGGGCACCAUGAAUCUGAACGAUGGGCUGACUGAGAACCUCAUGGACGACCUGUUAGAUAACAUCACACUCCCGUCAUCCCAGUCAUCACCCACUGGGAGCCUCAUGCAGCGGAGUUCUAGCUUCCCGUACACCGCCAAGGGCUCCGGCCUGGGCUCCCCAACCAGCUCCUUUAAUAGCACGGUGUUCGGACCCUCCUCUCUGAACUCCCUGCGCCAGUCUCCCAUGCAGACCAUCCAAGAGAACAAGCCAGCCACCUUCUCUUCCAUGUCGCACUAUGGCAACCAGACACUCCAAGACCUGCUCACUUCGGACUCACUCAGCCACAGCGAUGUCAUGAUGACCCAGUCAGACCCCCUGAUGUCUCAGGCCAGCACUGCUGUGUCUGCCCAGAACUCCCGCCGGAACGUGAUUCUUCGCAGUGACCCCAUGAUGUCUUUUGCUGCCCAGCCUACCCAGGGGAGUUUGGUCAAUCAGAACUUGCUCCACCACCAGCACCAAACCCAGAGUGCUCUUGGUGGCAGCCGUGCCUUGUCGAAUUCCGUCAGCAACAUGGGCUUGAGUGACUCCAACAGCCUUGGGUCAGCCAAACACCAGCAACAGUCUCCUGGCAACCAGUCUAUGCAAACCCUCUCGGACUCUCUCUCAGGCUCCUCCUUAUACUCAACUAGUGCAAACCUUCCUGUCAUGGGCCACGAGAAGUUCCCCAGCGACCUGGACCUGGACAUGUUCAAUGGGAGCUUGGAAUGUGACAUGGAGUCCAUUAUCCGUAGUGAACUCAUGGAUGCUGAUGGGUUGGAUUUUAACUUUGACUCCCUCAUCUCCACGCAGAACGUUGUUGGUUUGAACGUGGGGAACUUCACUGGUGCUAAGCAGGCCUCAUCUCAGAGCUGGGUGCCAGGCUGAAGGAUCACUGAGGAAAGGGGAAGUGGGCAAAGCAGACCCUCAAACUGACACAGGACCUACAGAGAAAACCCUUUGCCAAAUCUGCUCUCAGCAAGUGGACAGUGAGACCGUUUACAGCUUAACACCUUUGUGAAUCCCGCGCCAUUUUCCUAACCCAGCAGAGACUGUUAACAGCCCUUUACCCUGGGUGAAGCACUUACCCUUGGCACAGAACUCUAUAAAGUAUGCAAAAUCUUCCUGGUACGGGGUGGUGAGCCACCUGCCAGCGGAGGACAGCACCCAUCAGCACCGCCCAGUCUCCUUCAGAGCACAUCGGGAGCCCCCACGGACGAUUCUGUGGUGUUUCAAUAGCGUGAUGGUUUAUGGGAUGUGUUAAGUGUUGUUUAGUGUUUGUUUUCUUUUGACCCUCUGAGUUUUCCACACACAUUAACUUGCAGUAUUUUUCUGUUAACAUGUUAACCAUCCUUUCCCCAGGCACAUUUAGAAACAGAAGGAAAAUGUUAAACCAUUGUGGCUUUGGGCAUCACUAGCUUUGGAGCCCAUGGAACUCCAUAAACUAACACAUUAUAUAAACUAGAUGGUGGGGGGGAUUUUCUUUCUUCUUUUGUUUGGCAAAAUAUCCUUUUCUAAAAACUGAACAAUGGCACAAUUGUUUGCUAUGCACACCCGUCCAGGACUGAGCCACGCGUAGGUGACACAGCACAGCCCGCACCCGAGCCCGCGUGUUUGUGGUUCUCAGCCUCUGGGUAGGGUGGUCUGUGGGGGAGACCCGCCGGUCACCUGGGACUUGGUCUCUCAUCAGUUUCUUCAGCUACUGCAGUGGACAGUUUUGAGCUGGUAGGUUAGAAGUUAAGAUCUUUUCAGGAAAGCAGUAAGUUCAGCCAUCCACUCUUUGCCAAAUGCCACAGUUUUCAGGAGAGAAGAAAAAAGGAAAAACAAUGUGUCUUGUUUUGCUUUUCAGAAAAAAAAAUGAGCUUACAGUGAGCUAUGAGCAGAGGCCACACCAAGUCAUUAGGAGGACAAGUCUCACUUCACCAUUUCAAAUCCACAUCCUUGAUUACUUUCAGCCUUGCUGCGUAGAAUCUGAUCUUGUAGAAGUGUAUGAGUGAAAGGCAAUAGCAUACAAACUGAUUUUUUUAAACAUAAGCUUAAGUUGCAGUUGUAUAAGAGAUACAAUGGAAGUAAAAAUAGGGCAGUUUAGACAUUUUUUUU